AGGCCCUAUCGAUAAGCAGGAAGCCACCUAGGGCUAGCAGAUCGCGUUGUUGCCCCUCUUCUUUCACGGAAUAGGUAGGCACCUGUCUACUUGACCCCCUGUACGAAAUACUUAAUUUUUUGUUGUAUACACUUUCAUUCUACCUAGUCGUGCCCUUUCAGAAACUCGUAUAGCCAAGUAGAAGCAAAAAAGGCACCCUAAAUGUCUUCAGUCUUACGAGGAUCUUCAUCACGUAGUCGGGCCACUACUUGAAGCCGGCACUGCAGCCCGUGCAUCUUCUUCAAAGAAGUAGCGCCCCACGACUUCAUCUAGUAAAUCACUUCAUCUGUGCAUACAACUCGAGCACCAGCUGUACUUGAUUCGUGAUUUUUAACCCCGGCGAAGAACGUACAACGAGCAAGUACCAAACCCGUUUUAUUUACCAAAACAUGGCCACCAAACUUCCUGUCUUGCUUGACGAACAUGGGCGGCCGUUCACACCCACAGUGUUGCGCCUGCGCGACAUGGCGAAGCGCCUGACCUUCGAGCAGACCGAACUGGAUAAGAAGCGACGUCCCCUGUUUCGGCAACAGCGCACCUUUUACAACCGAACUGGGUUUAACGCGCCCGAACUGGAUUCCUUCGCCUCCCCCGCGGCGCAACGGGAUAUCCGCUUGACGCAAAGAAUCAAGAGCACCCUCGAUAGCGAAAUCGAGGAGCAGAUAUCCACAGGAAGCAUGUUGUCUGGGUCUGGAACAACUAAGUACGUUGUCAUGCGAGAUUGGGAAAAAUCCAUCCGUGCAUAGCAUAGCCAUGAGGGCGGGAAUGCGAAGGUGAUGCGUAAGGAGCCCGCUUUUUUGCGUAAGCAUGAGAUGUCUCUUUUUUGUCGUGUGAUUUUUGUGUAUUGAUGCCCAAAGCCCAAAUGCAUCAUGAUGACAGGCGGGUUCGUUACUUAUCUACGCGUUACAGAUGAAUUUGAAUUAUAGAAAACUGGGUCCUCUUCCACUACCACUUGUCGGCAAUACGCAUGACAGAUUGUGGAGUUGUCUGUCAUGCCAGCCAAGCAUUUUGCACGUGUUGCACUCUUGUUCCUCCAGACCCAGAUAUUUGCGGUGCAUAGCCGACGCAGCACUACCACUCCGAAAAGCAGAGGAUGUUAUCACAAACUAUGGGGAAUUUCAAUCCUACCAUGUCUGUCGGGAUUGACUCCCUGCAAACCAGCCGCAAGUUCAUCCAAUACCUUCCGGGCGGGGAAAAGACCUACUUCCACAAGCUGCCCCAGGUGCCGCAGUCCUUUGACUCCCCCCCGCCCACCGUCCGGGGCCAGAAGCUCAGCUACGAGGCGCAACAACAGGAGAAGAGACUACAGAAGCAGAUGGAAAUCUAUCCCACGAGAAAACUGUUUCACCGUGGUGAUUUUGCAAGAUCUGCAUGACAAGUUUUUUUACACAUGACAUGGAAAAUUUGCCAUGCGCGCUUUCCAAGGGAAAUAAAACACGCUUGAAAAUCCAAUGUCUUGCAGGUGUAGCAAGACAAACACUUUGUUGCUUCGUUCUCUGCAUCACAAGUUCACAGUGAAACAGUUUUGUCUUGCGAUAAAAUCCUCCAAAACAAUACAAAUCGGAACAAAAAUCUACUCCGUCCCGCGGUCAACGAGAAUGGGCAGAAAAUCGUGCACUUGGCUGAAGUAUCAAAUGUAAAAAUGUCUGGGUCUGGAAACUUCUGAUGCUGGGUGGUGUAUCAUGAGGAGGCCACAAGUGCUGCCUCAGCAUGACAGGUUUCUGACCUUCUAGGUGUUGCCUACUCUGCAUGACAGACUGCGUUUCUGCAUGACAGAAGAAUGGGGCUCUUGGGUAACGGGCAUGACAGAUUUAAGAGUCAUGCAAGACAAGCAUGACAAACAUGCACCCUUCCAGACCCAGACAUAUUUGCAGUUGAUAUGAAGUGACAGAAGUGAAACCAGGAGCAGUUGGUACAGCAAAUAAAGAUGUUGUAGUUGCACCAGCGAACAACCCGAAGACCACGUCGAAUUUCAUGAAGCCGCUUUUCCACCAACAGAACCGCCCGAACAAGGAUAAGUUUGUAUCCCAUGUAAAAGCGUCCCCACCCCAUAGUUCUCAUGCAAAUCUGCAUGCUCAACAUGUUUGUCAUGCGCAGCCACAUGAGAAGCGUUUUCUAGUCGCGUUUUGGAAUUUGUAAUGCUCCAACCAGCAUAAUAGGGUGAAUCUAUGAUGCUGCUGAACGAGCCAAACAGGAUUACACUACGCGAUGAAUUUUGUCAUGCGAAACAGCCAAAGCUGGCUGAUUUGUGUAGCAGAUUUCCCAUCUUUGCUAUGGAGUGGGGACGUUUUUACUCAGGAUAGUUCGGCGAUCGCUACAACUCUUUCGAGCUGCGAUAUGAAUUGCAAAAGUAUUAUCAUACUCGUAUAAAUGCAUUACAUGAUAAGAAAUAAAAUUUGUGAUGCGGAUUUACCUUGAGAAAAAAAUUUGUAAUGCAUGAUUGCAAUUACUACGGUACGAGUGCGAUACUUUUGCACAGGAUAUGCGCCCGAAGCUGUUAAAAAAAGCGGAGGACGUCAAGCGCAUGCUCAACGUGGAGGCCAGACUGGACAAAUCGAACCUGUUCCACGACUUUAACAGCACGAAACACCUCCCGGAACUUCUGCAGAAGGCAGGCUACGCAUCGCAAAAGUUGUUGUUGUGCUAUCAAAAAGUGUGAGUGCGGCCUGCGCACGUUCUUGUCCGAUUGUAGUAGGCACGACGACGUUCUCGCAAUAAGUAACAAACCUUGUUUCACCUUCGCGGCAUGAUCAUGUUGUUGACGAUCUGCCGAAAUUCAGUAACUUGGAAUAAUUGAAUGUCGUGUUUCAUGUCGUGUUUCAUCUAGUACAUCGCAAAGUACUACCCCUACCAUGCACCCUCAAUACUAGAGCGGCCCAAUUGAUCUUCCGUGUUGAAAAACACAUACGAUUAGAUACAACAACUUUUGCGGAGCAUACCUUGCUUCCUGCGAGGGACCCGGUGCCACAGCUGGACCAGGCUAUGGAUAAGUUGGCGAAAAGAAUGGAGAGGAAUGACAAGGUGAUUUUCCGAAAUGUCGGUUUCUACGACGAGCGGCCCCGGUUCCGUAAAAUUCCGGUGAACACGUGGCAGUACGGGAACAUGGUGGAUCGGUUCAACGGGAAAAUGGACGGGGAAUUCGAGCAGCUGAGACCCUGGUGAAGAUGAUUCGAGCUCUUGUUUCAUACUACGUUUUUGUUUUCGACCGGACGUCGAGAGGAAGAUCACCACCCAGCGGCGUCAUCAACCGGCGACAGAAGUCAAACAUAAAAUAAAAACAAGAACGUUUUGAAAGUAAGAUAAAUGUUUUUUCGAAACCUAUUUCAGUUUGUAGCUCUACCCAGUUUGAUAUUUUCCAGCAUAUCUUAACAUAAGUACUUAUUUCUAGUAGUUCAGGCGUGUUUUUCUGCUUUCCGGAAAUGCACUACUGUUCUAGUCUUUUGUUGCUUUAAAACCCAUCCCCUUUUUUUUUGGUUGCGUGCAGUGUACGAUGUCAUGAGUGGGAAGUCUGAGGCUCGAUUAAGAUUAUGUUACCGAUGCAUAGCAUUCAAAAACUAUGAUCGAAUCUUCCAUGAUCCUAGUGGCCUCACUUGAAGCUGCCUCGCGAAGCUGCCAACAACUGUGCUACAAAGUGAGUGAGCUGAAACAAAGCAGACAACUCCCACUUCGUAGUGCAGACUGUACGCAUGCAGUAACUUUUAGUUUUUCUAGCACAACAACGCCUUUGUGGUCUUUCUGAACAAAAAGAUCGUGCUUCCGCAACUACUAAAUUAAUACCCAAAUAGAAGAUCAUCAUCUCCCCCCUGACAAGUAACUAUACAACUUCCGUGUGCUGUCUUUUGAAACUCUUCUCUCAUGUUUCUUUUGCGAAGCGACUCUGAAAGUAUACAACAACAUCGCAAGAGCAUGUCAACGGAAGUAAGGGAUACUUUCCAUGAGAGAAUUGCAAUUCCAAUUGCACGCAGCAGAUUUCCCCUUCAUUUUAUCCCCCCUGCAUGAUGAAACUGACGGCAUUUUUUACGUCUAUUUUCG